GGUGAUUGGAAUAGUUUUUCCGCAGAAGAUAGUGAAAGUACGAUGAUUCUAAGGAGGUUUGGGCUUUGCCUGGCGAAACGAUCGACCGUGCUGCAGCAGGUGAAGCGGUGCUAUACGGAGGGUAACAUUCUGAAGCUUCAGGAUCGUGGCUUCUUUCAGGAUGUUUUUCCGGCCGAGGCAAUCGACAAAGCCCGCAGCAUGCUGGGUUCCUCCCCGCAGACCAUCUACGCCGGGUUCGAUCCGACGGCGGACAGUCUACACGUUGGAAAUCUGCUCGUCAUCAUCGGUCUGCUGCACGCUCAACGGGCCGGACAUCAGCCGAUUGCCUUGCUAGGGGGUGCCACCGGACAGAUCGGUGAUCCCAGCGGGCGGAACACCGAACGGCAAGCCAUGCUGUUGGAUAUGGUGAAGCACAAUCUCGCCUGCAUAGGUUCGCAAAUUGGUCAAAUUUUCGAAAAUCACCAGCAAUUUCUGUGGGAGAAGCGUGGCCACAGCGGUGCGCUCAGACCGGUGACGGUAGUGAACAACGCCGACUGGUAUCGGGAGUUGAACUUUGUGCAGUUCAUUUCCAGCGUUGGAAGGCAUUUUCGGAUGGGAUCGAUGCUUUCGCGGGCGUCGGUGCAAAGUCGGCUGCAGAGUGAGGGUGGGAUGAGUUUUACGGAGUUUACCUACCAGAUCUUCCAGGCGUACGAUUGGUUGCAUUUGCUGAAGGAGCACACUUGCCGGUUUCAGCUCGGUGGAAGUGAUCAAAUGGGGAACAUCAUGUCCGGGCACGAGUUGAUCUCCAGGGUUGAGCGAAAGGACGUCUACGGGAUAACGCUGCCGCUGAUAACGAACGAGGAAGGGGACAAGUUUGGCAAGUCGGCGGGGAAUGCGGUGUGGUUGUCCGGCGAUAAAACCUCGCCGUAUGCGUUGUAUCAGUUUUUCGUGAGGACUCCGGACGCGGAGGUGGAGAAGCUGCUGAAGUUGUUGACUUUCUUGCCGCUGGAUGAGAUUCGAAGUGUGAUGGCGAAACAUCAGCGAAUGCCGGAGCUGUGGGAAGCGCAGAAGCGGCUGGCACAGGAGUUAACAUUGCUGGUGCAUGGGAAGGCUGGGCUGAAGAAGGCAGAGGAUAUUACCAGUGCGUUGUAUAGCGGGAAUGUUGAGGCACUGGGGGAGCUGGAGGUGAAGGAUAUCCGGCAGACGUUCGGAGGAGCACCGGUGGUGGAGAUUCUGCCGGAACCGGGUCUGACCGUGUUGCACGUCGCCAUGCGGGCCAAGUGUUUUCCGACCGAAAAGGAUGCGGUGAGGAUCAUCGGUGCCGGUGGCUUCACGGUUAAUCUGAACAAGGCGAAGAAUCCGGCUGAGGUGCUAGCGCCCGGUGUUCAUAUUUUGAAGAAUGGCAUUUCGUUGCUGCGUGUAGGUAAGCGCAACUAUUAUAUUGUUAAGUGGUUAAUCUAAACAUGUUUGCUAUAGAAUCAA